AAUGCAAGAAUUUAGUGCAAAGCGUGAUGCACUUUUUGCCUGCCUAGAUGAUGCAAGUAAGGAACUGAAGGGCACAGCUCUCGACCAGAGUCGAGCCAAGCCAUACACUAUAAAAGGCAGUAAACAGGUGAUGCACUAUCGUCAGGGACGCAGCAUUGAACAGGGCAACGACGGCGGCGAUGAUGAUGAGAAUCUGCGUCGCCUCGUCGGCAAGGAGAGCAUUUUCAAGAAGCCAGAGAUGCCGCUGGCACGUUGCUUGAAACCGCGCAAGACACCCGACUACCAGGUGAAUCCGCACAAAUGGAAGAAAUACUCGCUCUCCGAUGUGGACAUCUCGGAUCAAACCAACUCGGCAGCAGCUUUAUCCUUUCUGCGGGAAAUGGAUGCACAGCGUGAUCGAGAAGCGGUAGAGGAGGACGACAGAGAUUACGAGGCUGGAAAGGGUCACAAGAUUGAGUUCAAGAAGAAGAGCAAGUUGAAUCGCAAUCUCAAGCAGUUGAAAGAAACUGAAGUGGAAGACGUGGAAAUGGACAAGCCACAACUGCGCGGCUCCAAGGUGCUGAUGCCCGAGUAUGUGAUUGGACAGAAGACUAGCAAAAAGUCCAAAAAACCACAGAGCAGCAGCCAAAAUCGCGCAGCGGGCAAAUUGCAAUUAUCGCAUCUAGAAGAGAUUGAUGAAGAUGAUGAGUAA